UGGAAGACCGAACGUUGUGAUGUGUUACGACAAGAAUGAAACUCGUGGAAUGUAUCGAUAGGGAAGAAAGUCGUGACAUAUCAAAGCGUUCGUUCUAAUCAGGGUAGAUCGCCGUAAAAUAAUUUAUGAAUGUAAGACCAAACUUUCGAGGGGAAUCGAAACCGUAAACAAUAGGAAAAUGAACUCUGGAGAGUGUAAGGGCUGCGAGAACGAGGAUAUCGAGAAUUCGGAUGAAAGUGAUAGACCGUCGGGCGAAAGAUGGGCGCCCGUCGGCGCGAAUGAUGGUGAUAAUGAUUUUGCAGACGAAUAUAAAUAUGUCGAUAACAUAGAGAAUUUGUCAUAUGAUAUGGAAAGAUUAAAAGAGUUGGAAGAGGAACAAGAGAUGCUCAAUUCAUCUCUUAUAGCAUUGACCACUCAUUUUGCUCAGGUUCAAUUGCGUUUAAGACAAAUUGUGGAUGCACCUGCAAAUGAGAAAGAAACAUUGCUCAAAGAGUUAGAGGAGUUUGCAUUUAGGGGAAUACCAGAUGUUCCAAAUAAUUUGUCACUUGAUAGUAGAUCAAUUACUCCAACUUCUCCAAUGUCCUGCAAGCAAAGCAUAUCUGGAGUAAUAAAUGAUGUUGAUGUUGAAUCUAAAAUGGCAUUACAAAGAACAAAACAGAAAGAACUGAUAUGCCAAUUAAAAUCUCAGUUAGAAGAUCUAGAAAAAUAUGCCUAUGAAACUGGUGAUGCAGAUUUACCACAGAGCAUGAUAUUAGAGAGGCAGAGUAUUAUAAUUAACCAUCUGAAAGAAAAAUUAAAUUUCAAUGUUGAUGAUCUUUGUAAAUUACCAGUUGAUGACUUAAGAUGGCAAGUAGAUUAUGCUAUAAGUCAGAUUGUUAGUCCUUUAAAAAUGAAGGAACAAUUAGUAUCACAGUUGAAAACCCAAAUCACGGAUUUAGAACGUUUUAUAAAUUACCUUCAAGGAGAAGUUAGUGCAGAGACAUUGGCAUGCACCUGUGCAUGCCCAGUACACACUAGUGGCUCAGCUGGUUCCAGUUCAUAUGCUAAACAAUCGUUUAAUAGAAAAACAGAGGAAGAAAAUAGAACUAAAACCCUUAACACAGUUAAAAAGGUCGUUGCUCUGUUGCACAUGUUCCUAGUGUCUCAAUUAGGAUGCGGUAGUGACCGAGUUCGAAGAAACUUUAAGAAAAAUUCUGUAUAUAAUUGGCGUGACUUGAGAACCAGAUUAGAUAUCGCGGUCGAACACGUUAUAGAGACCAUUGCCGAAAUCGAGCGUCUGCCUGAAGAAGACGAUAUCGCUAACGAGAACGAUUACGCCUCGGAUUCUGAUUCUAUGUCCCAUUGCAAUGCCAGAGUGACAUCCGCUGUAAGGAAGCAUCUAGCCACUUCCAUACGUGACUUAAUACAACACGGUUUAAUGUCCGAUGCGCGUUCCAAUAGUGUAGUACCGUUCGUGGGAUGUUUCCCCCAAAGAAACCCUUCUACUUCUAAUUUAAUGCAUGCAUGGGAGCUAGUACUGAAGUAUUACGAAAUUAAAAACGGCCACCGUUACAAUUCUAGUCCAGCGCAGAAAUUGUCUCAAAGUUUUAAUCUUGAUCUAGCAGGUGGAAGAAUUGUAUCCUCCAAACAGAGCUUAUUAACCACAAUUGGGAAUAUCAUUGCUUCACACAAUCCAUACAAAAGGAGUUAUGAUUCUCAUUUCAAAGCAUUCAUAUGCGCAUCCUUAAAUGCUAACAAACUCGUUGCUUGGUUAAAACUUAUUUUACAAUGUCAGUAUCUUCUUGAGAAUCACUAUGCGUCGUGGAGCUAUGUUGUAAAAACAGGUUUCCAAGAUGCAUUUCACACCCUCGAUCGUCUUACUAGCUACAAAUUCGAUCUACCAGUCGAUCUGGCAGUAAGGCAAUUUCAGAAUAUAAAAGACGCGUUUUGA